AUGGCAAUACUGGUAAAGCCCAAAAAGGUCGCUGUGAUGAACGUGGGUUUCAAGGCAAAUGGGAUAUGGGCAGCAGAGGCUCUGUACUACUUCAAGCCUCCUGUGGUCUCAGCUGUGAUGGUUCUGGAGUGGUGUUUAACUCAGAAGGAGUUAGUAUCAGAGUAUAUCCACUGUUUACUGGUUGUCAAGGACUUCUGGUCUGAAGCAGAAGGUGACAAGAGCUCCUCUGUCUCUGAAUCCAUCAUGGAACAGAUCAAUGAAUCUGUCCAGAUGGAGAGUGCACUGCUGUACACCUUCCUGGAGGUAUCCUCUGACUGUAGGUUCAGAGACCAACUGCAUUCCCUGCAAAGCCAGGAGAUUCUGUCUUUCCUGAAAGGCAGCUACUGCUGUGAUGAUGAGGUAGAACUUCAGACUGAUGGCAAUCGGAGCGGUCACUUGCAGAAUGGUGAGCUAGUGUUUGACCCUGAGGUAAAUGAAGAAGUUGUCCGGAUCAUUGCUGCUCAGCUCGCUGAGAUUGGAGACCAGUUUGAUAAAGAAAUCCAAGCAAGAGUAGUAAAUGAUCUAGUGCAGCACUUCCUGAAUGAGAAUCUGUCUGGAGAGGAGAUAACCCGGCACAUGUCAGAGGCAGUGGAAAGCCUUGCACGAGCCAUCCCCUCAGACAUGGAACGGGAGAGGGCCACAUUGGUGCUAGCAAUGGUCUUAACUAAAAAAAUUGCGAAUACAAUGCCUUCCCUUCUACAGCGUGUCUUCAGGACCACCGUGAACUACAUCAACCAGCAGCUUCACAACUACAUUGUCAGAAUGCUGCGUGAGUGA